AUGACUGGUCCGGGAGUGGAGUACGGCGGUAACGUCAACGUGACCAAAUCCGGUUACCCGUGUUCCAAGUGGUCGGACGUGCAGGACUCACCCACAGCUGAUUCGAAAUUCCCCGACGGUGGCCGGUCGGCGGCCGGAAACCGGUGCCGGAACCCAACGGGCGACUCGGGCGGUCCGUGGUGUUAUUCGUCCGUGGAUGGCGCCAUCGUUCCGGAUUAUUGCGAUACUUCCGGUUGCGAUGACGGCGUUUGCCACUGGACGUUGAUUAACGGCGGCGGGACGUCUGCACACGGACAUUUCACCUCGAUACCGACCUCAAAUAGUGACGAUGACGGUGGCGGCCUCGUGAGUUUUGAGCUCAAGACUUGGGACCCGGCGGUGGACCGAACGGUCCAGACCUUGUUCCGGAUGUCGCUAACCGCGUAUCCGAUCGGUUCGCCCGGCGACGGGUUUGAGUUGCCGGUUCCGGUGGACGUGUUCGCCAGGUCCGGAACCGCACAAGUCGUUCGCGUAGACGUGUCGUGGCGGAACGGUUUCGUUGUGCUGACGGCCGGGAAUCCAAGUGCUGCAAGAGAGGUGUCUACCCUAGAGCUGAACGCCACUCUAUCACCGGUGGCAUAUUUGAGCUUCACCGGUGGUCACUCUGCGGCCGCUCCGGUGGCCGUACGAUUUGCAGACUGCGACUUGCGAACGGCCGGACAAGAAGAGCACUUGACCAAUAGCCAAGACGCCUACAGGAUGUUCCCGUUGAAGAAAACCAUUGUAUCCACUUCCGAAUUGUCGUUUUCCGUCCGGGCUGUGAUUUCGGCGUCCGUCACCUACUACACGGCACCAACAAGGCAAACGCCGCGUCUAAUUAUAACUUUUGCAGCUCGGCCUGUCCAGCAAAUAAAAAUCAUUUACAUAGAAAAACCGAAUAGUGAAGAACAAAUGAUUUUUAAUCAGUCGUAUGAAACGGACAUAAUAUCUUAUUGGAAAUGGCACCAAUACAAGAUUACAAUCGCAGACAAAACAUUACAAAUACAAGUUACAAACGAACGCGAAAAGAAUCCGACGAUAAUGUUGAACAUAAGUGACUUCAAGUUGAGGUUAUUCCAUUGGUUCGCCAUCGGAUCAAAAACCAUCGCCCACUGGACGUUGUAUUGCAGCGGGCCAGAAUUGUACCCGCUCCCCGAGGCGGCGUUGCCUGAGUGCGUGAUAUCAGAAUCGGGAGAAAACUAUCGUGGAACUCAGUGGAUCACAGGAGACGGAGAUCCAUGCGUCCCUUGGAACAUUUCGUCGGUGCGCACAUCGGUUAAGGAGAGUGCAUUGAUAGAUCAGAGUUACGUAAAAGCCAAAAACUAUUGCCGGAAUCCGACUAAAGAUCCGAAGGGUCCGUAUUGUUACGUGGCCGUCGGUGACCGGAAGAACUCUGCCGUCGAAAAACGAUCGUGUCACGUCCGGAAGUGUCGAAAUACAAAAUGCAGCGUGGCCGGAAUCGCGACCGACUACGUGGGCAAGCUCAACAAGACCGUGUCCAACCGCACAUGCUUGAAAUGGGCGUCGCACACCGGUGCGGGUUACGCGUUCCCCGACAAAUCGGUGUCGGGAGCGUCCAACUACUGCCGGAACCCAACUAGAGAGCCGACGGGCGCUUGGUGUCACGUCAGCGGCGCCGCCAAGACAGACUCGUGCGACGUGCCCGGGUGUUCGGACGACGGCGACGAUUCAGACACGCUGCUGAUCGGCGGCGGCGGCGUCCACUGGAUGCACGUGUUGCCCGAUUGGAGGGGCCAGUCGGGCCUGCGAAUCCGGCUCAAGCGGUGGACGCCGGGCGUCUACGAGGGUGUAUCGCUGUACUUCCGGCGCUCCGGUCGCCCAUCGUCGUACGAUCUGAUCCAAGUGGGCGCGGAUGGCGACGAAAAGAUCAAGUUGUACCGGGUGAAGGGUGGGAACGGAGCUGGAGAGUCGCAGUCGGCCACGGCGGCUGCCGACGACGAGAUCGUGUACCCGCAUCUGUUGAUGGCCAGCCGGUGGACGGAGUUGCUGUUUCGGUUUGGGGACGACAGCCUCGGCGGAGACGGCCAAACCGCGGCCGCUCGGACCGUGACGAUGAGCUCCGCUGCCGGCGGAGAGAUAUUCAGUUGGGCACUUAGCAACAGCACCAACGGGAACGGUGGACGCAUCGCGUUCGUAGGACUAUCCACGAUAACCGACCGUGGUUACGUGGCCACUCGGUUCCCGACCGAAGAAGAUUGUCUCAUUCAUAGUUCCGAGUCCCAUAAUUUAUCCGUUUACUUGCCGAUAAACGUCCGGUCGAACUCCAGUCUGACGAAGGCCAAGCCCGAAAUCAUUUUCCACGUGAAACAUACAGGGGUCACAUGUAUCGCAUUAACGGGUCGGGUGCUUAGCGAACGACUCUUACUAGAAAUCGGUGGUAGACGGGCGGUGUUGUGGCUCGAAGGGAAGCGGCCGAAGAAAUCGCUCGGAGAGUACGAGUCCGAAUCCGAUGCAAUAUUGACGAACGGCAAUUGGACCAGAAUCCUUUUGAGUUGGAACGAGAGCGUGUUGCAAAUGAACUGUGGAGGCAUUCAUGAGCGACAUUGGAUCGUGGACCUAGAGCGGCCGCUGUUAGUCCGUUAUUUGUCGGUGGCCAACCGGGGCGGCGGUCGGACCGAGUGGACGGCGAACUGCGACGAACCGUGGAGGCGGCUGCCGGACGUGGACGGUCCGCCCCGCGACGGGAAAUGGGGCGGUUGGGGCGAGUGGGAGCGGUGCACGAAAUCUUGCGGUGGCGGGACGGGAGUGCGGAGCAGGCGGUGCGACAGUCCCAGGCCAAACGUGGCAGGCAGACCGUGCCUAGGGCCGGCCACGGCGGUCGGCGCGUGCAACCUACACGAGUGCGGACAGGUGUCCGACAAGACGGCGGCGGCGGUACGAAAGUUGCUGGCAGGCCGAACGCAUAACGCGGUGGCCACUGUCGGCGACCGGUUGACAGUGAUGUGCGACCGGUCGACCGUGGACGCCGUCCUGGCCGAUUCGCCGAGCACCCGGUUUGAUUGGCUGCGAAACGGUAAGACCGUGACGUCGACGGUCGCAGACGACGACAACAGAUGCACUUUGGUCAUAAGCUCGUGUACAAUUCGUGAUUCAGGAGUAUAUGCGUUUGUGGCACAGCCGCUGGAAUCUAAAAGAAUUGUGUUGAAACUGUUAGCUGUGGCUAUAAAUGACAAACCCAUAUCUGUAUACAUUGGAGAUGUAGUUAGAGUGAAAUGUAAUGCAGCAACACUGAGUUAUUUAUUUAACGAGUUGUCACAAGAAUGGAUCGUAAAUGAUAGUUAUGUGAUGAAAAAUUAUGGAGUUAAUUCUCUUGCAUCGAUUGAUGUGGAUACAAUAACGAUAGAAAAUAUACAUUUUCAAGGCAUUUGGAAAUGUGUUGUCAAGAGCACAGAAAUGAAUAGUACUUGGGUCACAAAUGUAAUAGAAAUUAAAGUGAUUGGACCAUCAACCAGAUGGACCCAAAUAAUGCAAGAUCCUGUUAUAAAAAUAUUAUUCCGAAAUAGAUCACCAAAUACAAUCAUUUUAAUUUGUACAAUACUUAUUUCAAGUUUAUGUGUUGGUACUUGGUGCUGUGCUUAUAUAUUUAACAGGUAAUACAGUAUAAAUAAAAAUAUUUGUGUAU